AUGGAGGAGGUCCCUGUGCCAGCGGAUGUGCAGGCCGCCGAGCCGCAAUUGCCCCCGCGCAUGCCGGAGCUGGAGGAGGUCCCUGUGACAGCGGAUGUGCAGGCAUGCUGGGAGAGCUGCGGCGGCCUGGAGCUCGACCCCGUGCUCGGCAGUGGAGCGGUCGUCCUGAUGGACGCGGAGUGGAUGGUGAGGCGAGCGCGCACUGGCGGCGUCCUCGAGCCGCGCCAGGCGUUUGCCGCCGACGGCCUUCGUGCACCACAGCGUCGUCAAGGCCGCCACGGUCGGUAA